AUGAAUUAAUCGACUAAUUUAUUACAUGACAAUGAAAAUUAAUUUGCCUUAAAUGCCAUCCAACUAGACAAUAGUUUUGGUCUGAAAACAGUCUCAUCAAGCUAAUUAUCUGAUCAAAUCAACCAAUUGGCAGAUGAACUAGUCACUUUAGUCAAGAAUUACUUAAAUGAUAUUUCAUACCAUGAAAGGCAUUUCACUUUUGACGAGCGAGAAAAUGACAACAGAAAUCGAUAACAACUCUAACGAAGAGUACUUUAAAAAGCUUUAGAAAACCUAAAUCUUAGGUAAAAUUUCUCCACUUCCUCUCCUAUUUCCAAAAGAUCCAAUGUGCAACAUAGUCUAGAUGAUUUCAAUGUAGACUAUUAAGAAUUGCUAUCAAAAAUUGAGGAACUAACUGAUUAAAAUGAUUUAUUGAAGGAUAAAUUAGAAAUCCAAGAUUUGAAAUUGUUAGAACAAUAUGAAGAAGUUAAAGAACUCAGGAUAUAAUUUGUGGAUUUGGAAUUGAAAAACAAGUCUCUGUUAAUUGAUUUAGAUUCUAAAGAGUAAGAAAUCGCUACUUUAAAUGAGUAGUUGUUGCAAUUAAAAAAAUAAUUAGAUGACUAAAUUAAAAUUGGUUAAAUGCAAACGUAAAAAAUCUCAUCAUUGGAAUAACAAUAGAUGAUUGAAAAAUAAUCGAAUUCAUAUUAUUACACCUUAAAACCAAAUUCUAGUAGUCUGAAUAGGUCAUUUAAAAAGGAGAAAAAACAUACAAAUUCAUUUCAUGAAGUCUGUUCGUCCCCCAAUGGAAAGAAAAUUAUGAUAGUAAACAGUAGCACCAAUAGUUCGCAACAAUCUCCAAGGAAUCUAUAAAUCUCAAAUAGUAAAACCCUCAAUUUGGAUGAUACUACUUACUUUGGAUCAGUUUACAACGAAAAAAGAUAAGGAUAUGGAAAUCUAAAGAAGGGAGAUAAGAAAUUGUAUAUGGGAUUCUGGAAGGACGACUCUUUCAACGGGUUUGGACAUUUAAACAAUGAGACUGUGGAUUUUGGCAUAAUUGAUUACAGAAACUUAGAUUCAGUAGGAAAUAAGUGGAUUAGCUAUCAAGGGGAGUUUUAGGAUGGUUUAUUUCAUGGUUAUGGAAUUUGGACAUUUAGUGACAAUUCUAGAUUCCAUGGAGUGUUCUAAUUAGGCAAGGCUUGUGGUAGAGGUGCUUACUAUACAAAUAUUAAUACUAUUUAGGGAAUAUGGAAUAAAAAUAUUAAAAUGUGA